CAUCAUCUAUCGUUCUGUCUAUCAUCUAUCAUUGUGAUGGCUAAGGCCACACUAGAAUGAACAUUUGCAUUGGUGCUAGUUUAUUUUUAUUUUUUAUUGUAUGUAAGAAUGUAUAUUUUUGUUUGGUCUAAUGAAUUAAUGUUCUCUGUUUUGGUCUAUUUAUGAAUUUCUUUGCAAGUAAUUUGUUUGCUUGAAUUUAAUUUACCCAUACCUUGGAACUGAAAAGUUACAUUGUCUUUGCAGUGGUUUAAACAUCAAGGAGUAACAAAAUCUACUACCAUUUAUUUCUAGAGUGCACGCUAGAGUAAAUGAAAGAACCACAACCAAAAUAUGGGUUUAAAGUUUUAUUUAAGUUGGUUAUAUGUUUCUUACCCUUGGUUUCGCCGGGAUCCAUGACUGCAGCAUGGAACGGUUUGGAAUAAAAAGGGUGCGGCCUUUUCCUGGUGUCCUUUAUAUAGCUCAUGGAGGAUCAUGGGAAAUGUAGUUUUAGGACCAUAGGGGUUGGGUUGUGUGUUAAUCCACAUGUGUUUAAAGGAGGUGUUUAUGUAUGAAUGUGUAAGUGUAUUUUCUUUAUUGCUUUAUGGUAAAUGUUAUUCUUAUGUUCAUUCAGGUCCGUGUAUUGUUGUAUAUAUUUUUCCCCUUUUUUAUGUUUAAUGUAAUGGAAUGAGAAGUCUUGUGAUUUACCCCUGUAAUUAUCCAAAUGGUUUGUUCUGGGUUGUUAAAAGUGCUUCCAUGUCUGUGGCUGAGUUAGUUCUGGUGUGGGAUCCCUGGUGAAACAUCUGAGACCCAGAACUCAGUAAUGUGCUGUGGUUGCCUCAUUUAUUAGUUUGUUUGUGUUAUUUUGUUUUUUUCCCUUUGGUUUUUGCACAAUGUCUGGUCAACCCUCAAUUGUUACCAUCAAAUAAAUGACCCUUUAUUGACUCUACGAAUGUCUCCUGAAAAUUUAAUGGAAAGAACCUGACAAGAUGGUGGCAGCGGUGGUUUUCUGUCCAGGAGGAGACUGCCUGUAGAGAGCAAAGUGCGGAAAGGAUGGCGCCUAAGAGAGCAGUACGCGCUGUUGUUCCUACUGACGUCGAGAGCGCACCAGAGGAGGGUGAGAGGCCGAUGGAGGAUGCGAAAGGUGGGGCUGAAGAGGAGUCGGAAGGGGAUGUACUGGAGCUGAAGCGGAUGUUUCAACGGUUCAUGCAGGAUCAGCAAGAGAGAGAAGACCGUCAGAUGCAAGAAGCAGCUCGACAAGAGACGAGAUGGAAAUCUCUCCAGCAUCAUUUCCGUCUUCUACAGGAUGAGGUCAGCCAGCGAACUCCGUUGGGGGUGCAAGACAGGAGAGCUGCUGAAGUAGGGGAAUCGCCCGGAGCUUCAGGCUCCCACAACGUGAGCCAUGGUUAUGUGCUGAAAGAACCAAAGAUGCAACAGUUGAGUGAAGCGGACGACAUCGAGCAUUAUUUAACCACGUUUGAACGGAUUGCUGAGGUAUGCAGAUGGCCAAUGGAAGAUUGGGCCAUUAGACUCAUUCCAUUGCUGACGGGCAAGGCGCGCAGUGCAUAUGUGGCCAUGGAUGUUGCAGAUGCAAGUGACUAUGUGCAGGUAAAAGAGGCUAUUUUGAAGAAGUAUUCCAUCAAUCAUGAAACAUAUCGACAGAGAUUUCGUUCUAUAGAGGUGCUGGAAGAAGAGACCCCUAAAGAGCUGUAUGUUCGACUGAAAGACUUGUAUCAAAAGUGGGUGAGACCGGGAGAGAGAACGAACCAAGAGAUCGGAGAAAUAAUUGUCCUUGAACAGUUUCUGCGGAUGCUUAGCCCGGAGCUACAGACGUGGAUUAAGGAGCACGGCCCUUCAACAGCUGAGGAGGCGGCACGUCUAGCUGAUGUUUUCGUGGCGGCACGACGCAGGGCUGAGCCCUGGAGUUUCACUCGCUGGAAGACAGCGCGAGAGGGAUCUUCUCGACGACCGAUUUCAACAUCUCAGGGAAGCAGGUUGGCAACUGAGGCAAGUGUAAAACGAACUGAGAACUCUGGUGUUUCUGGUUUAGAGACAAUUAGGUGUUAUAAGUGUGGUCAAUUGGGUCAUAAAAAGCCAAUGUGUCCACAGUUGACAAAAACCCUUACUAAUACAUGUUUUGUACCUCGGGAAACCAUACCUGAACCUGCCAACAUUCCUGUUCCAAAGCAAGUGAUAAGAACUGUUGAGUUAAAUGGGAAGAAAGUCACUGCCUUGAUCGAUACAGGUUGCACGCAAACCCUAGUGGAGUCAGAACUUGUACCUGAAUUAGGUGCUAGUGGUAAUGCUCCAGUAAUAGUGAGAUGUGUUCACGGGGAGGAGCGUCAGUAUUCUGUCACUGAUGUAUAUAUGGGCAUAGCAGGGCAAACUUAUGUGAUGAGGGUAGGACUUGCACAGAACUUACCAUACCCAGUUAUUUUAGGCCAUGAUUUUCCUGCGCUGAUAGAUUUAUUGCCUCAUGGGGAUAGUUGCAAUGUAGUUCUGACGCGAGCUCAAAGUAAACAGAAUGAAUGUGAGGAAGAGGAAAACUCAUUGUUGUCGUUACCAUUUUUUGAUUCUGAGUUGUCUGUGAAUCAAUGUAAAGAAAAGAAAUCUAGGAGGGAACGAAGACAGGAAAAAAUUAAGAGAACCGUAGUGCAGGCAAGAGACUUAAAAGAACCUGACAAACUAUUGAGUGCUGAUCAGAUUCCAAUACCUGAGGAUUUAAGGCAGUUGCAGAAAGGGGAUGCUGAAAUCUCUAAAUUGUAUUCCCAGGUGGUAGAGGCAGCUCAAACAGGGUCGAAAAUAUAGCAGCCGAUUUUCUUUCUCGCUCACCGUGCGAGAAUGCAUAGGUAGGGGGAAAUGUGAUGGCUAAGGCCACACUAGAAUGAACAUUUGCAUUGGUGCUAGUUUAUUUUUAUUUUUUAUUGUAUGUAAGAAUGUAUAUUUUUGUUUGGUCUAAUGAAUUAAUGUUCUCUGUUUUGGUCUAUUUAUGAAUUUCUUUGCAAGUAAUUUGUUUGCUUGAAUUUAAUUUACCCAUACCUUGGAACUGAAAAGUUACAUUGUCUUUGCAGUGGUUUAAACAUCAAGGAGUAACAAAAUCUACUACCAUUUAUUUCUAGAGUGCACGCUAGAGUAAAUGAAAGAACCACAACCAAAAUAUGGGUUUAAAGUUUUAUUUAAGUUGGUUAUAUGUUUCUUACCCUUGGUUUCGCCGGGAUCCAUGACUGCAGCAUGGAACGGUUUGGAAUAAAAAGGGUGCGGCCUUUUCCUGGUGUCCUUUAUAUAGCUCAUGGAGGAUCAUGGGAAAUGUAGUUUUAGGACCAUAGGGGUUGGGUUGUGUGUUAAUCCACAUGUGUUUAAAGGAGGUGUUUAUGUAUGAAUGUGUAAGUGUAUUUUCUUUAUUGCUUUAUGGUAAAUGUUAUUCUUAUGUUCAUUCAGGUCCGUGUAUUGUUGUAUAUAUUUUUCCCCUUUUUUAUGUUUAAUGUAAUGGAAUGAGAAGUCUUGUGAUUUACCCCUGUAAUUAUCCAAAUGGUUUGUUCUGGGUUGUUAAAAGUGCUUCCAUGUCUGUGGCUGAGUUAGUUCUGGUGUGGGAUCCCUGGUGAAACAUCUGAGACCCAGAACUCAGUAAUGUGCUGUGGUUGCCUCAUUUAUUAGUUUGUUUGUGUUAUUUUGUUUUUUUCCCCUUUGGUUUUUGCACAAUGUCUGGUCAACCCUCAAUUGUUACCAUCAAAUAAAUGACCCUUUAUUGACUCUA